CUUCCCUAUCUGGAUACGUUCGUCAUCAGAAAACCCACAAAUCUCGUGACAAUGUGGUACAAAAAGCCCAUCGCCUCAGACAGAAUGUUGAAUUUCCAUUCACAACAUCCUCUGAGACAGAAAGUAGGUACCGCUAUUGGCCUCAUAAAAAGAGUCGACAAACUCACAACUACCAACAAGGAACAUGUGAAAGACAUCGUCUUCUCGAAGCUCAGAGUGAAUGGAUUCCCGCCAAAACUCAUCAACAUUCUAUGGAAUAGACACAUUGGACAACAAACAGCUCACAAUACGACCCAAAAUGUGGAUACCAACACGGAGAUCAUCUACAAAUCGAUCACUUAUAUCCCCAGAUUAAGUGAUGCGAUUAAGAGAAUAUUGUGCACCGAAACACAAAAUCUCCAAAUAGCAUUUAAAUGCAACAACACAAAUUCGGCAAUGCACACUGAUCUCAAAAACAAGAUUGACCCAUUAAUGGAAAGUGGAGUUGUUUACUCCAUCCCAUGUGAGUGUGAUAAGGUGUAUGUUGGAAAAACAACGCAGAGAUUAAAAGACCGGCUUUACCAACACAAGAGGAGCAUCACUCAGAUCAACCCAAAUCAAGAAGAAAGAAGUGACGCCACAGCCCUGGUGACUCAUGCCAGAGAAAUGCAGCACCGGUUUCAGUUUGAUUCAGCUGAAAUUCUGGACAAGUGUGAGCACAACAGAAGGCUUGAGUAUUUAGAGAUGCUCUACAUUCACAUACACAAACAACACACGAUCAACAGAAAAGCUGAUACGGAAGGGAUCAACACCAUCUACACCUCGCUCUUACAACGAGUAAAAAUGAGACAACAACAUACUAAUGCAACAAGGGAAGAUGGAUUUCACAGCUGUGAUGAAAAUUGAUCUCAAAGGAGAGCUCAUUCUGUGUCGGUCAGUCGAAUGGUGAACAUCACAGAUCAAAUUGUGAUCAAAGUUCAAGUGCAGUGUAACAACUCCCACCUGUACGUGAUUUUCCCUGCCAUAUUCGAUACCUGAUGAAGAGGACAUCCAUCCUCGAAACGUCGUAGAGAAUAAAAUUGUGAAAAUCAAGAAAGGUUCAGUGUCUCCGUCUAUUUCCUGCUACAUUCUGUCGAACCGAAAU